CAAGCGGACCCCGCCCCGCCCUCGGCGUCCCCCUGGAGGAGGGUGCCCCAGCUCCGCCUGUGCAGCCCUGAGCUGCUCAGGGUCCACCUGCCCCCGGCCUGCCCCCUCCCCACACCUGCCCGCCCGACGGCCUCGCCUGGGCAGUGACGACAGCCAGACCACCGGCCCCACAGUGCCCAAUCCCGUGCCCCCGAGGUCCCGUUUCACGCACUGUAACAAAGCUGCAAGACCAUUUUCCUCCUGUGAGGUUGGCAGAGGUCAAGCAGCCUGAGAAAAUGCCCCGGCGCCACCCGUCGCUGGAGGGACGUGAACUGGACCAAGCCCGGAGGCGGCCUCUCGGGACCCCUCCCAGGCACGGGGGCGGAGCCUCCGCCGGCCACGCCCCCGCGGACCCGCCCCUCACACCCCUCCCGGGUGGCCACGCCCACGGCCGCGCUCCACGGCCUGGAACAGAGGCGGAAGCGACCCAAACGCGCGACAGCAGCCUCCUCCCCGGCCUGCGCCUCCGCGUCUCCGCGGAGGGAUCCCUCACCCCAUUCCCCAGCACCGGGACCCCCGCGGCCCGCCCCUGCCCGCGCUCCUGCUCCCGGCAGCCUCCCUCCGGGAUGGUUUCCAAGAUGCCCGCCUCGCCCGCCAGGCUCCAUCAGGGAGAGGGACCCGGCCCCUCCCGGGCACUCCCCUCCCCACCCAAACCCGAAGACCUGCGGCCUCCUGCCUCCUGCCCCACUGCUCCGUCACUCCCGGGCUGGCGCUCCCGAGCCAUUCUCUGGCAGCUCUGCCUGCCGCGGGCAGUGCACCGAAACCAGGACGGAGCCUUCUCCUCACCCGAGGCCGUGUUCUCCGCAGCAGCCACCCUGUCCCCAAUCACCCCCUUCAAGCACCUGCGUACUUGUGUACAUGCCCACCACCGGCACCCUCCCAGGCGCACACACACAGGUGUGCACACUCACACGUGCACACAAGCACACACACGCGCACACUGCCAUGCACGGUCACACAAUCACAUGCACAUCCAAAAAGACGUGCAUGCUCACCUGCACACUCACAUGCACACUCACACAGUUGCACACACACUGUCCGUCUUGCUCACUGCUAUGUCUCCAGGUCCUAGAACCUGGCACUUAACUCUCCCGAAGUAGUAAAAUGAAUAAAUAAGCAAAUAAACUGCUGGCCUGCUCCUCCACUCUCUUCUGAUGGUGCUGCCCUCUGCCUGUCAUAGGGUGUGGAUGUGCAGAUUCCUAGAGCCAGCUCGAGGCACUUCAAAUCAGAAUUCCUGGGUGCAGGGCCUGUGAACCUGCAUGCACCUUCAUCCCAGGAACUUGUGUCAUUUGCUGACAUUUGAGAACCGGGGUGCCGAGCCACAGCUCCCUGUCCUCAGGCCUGGGGGCUUGCAGGAAGCAGAGGGUCCCCACCUGCCCCCACCUGCCCCCACCUUGCCUCGAGGGGAGAGGCACCUUUGCUCCCACCUGCUAUACAAAACUCAAGGAACUUCGGCUCUCCAAUGUGCAGAUGGACAAAGGCCUGGAGAUACUUGGAAACAUCCACCUUGUAGAGCAAGAAAAUCAGGAGGCUCUGGGGGGUUCUGUCCAGUGUGGUUCUAUUUACCAGCAGUCACUGGUGCAUGCCAUGUGCAGGCUGUGCUGCCCACUGUCACUCGGGGCCCAGGGCAGAGGCUGGGUAGGGGUCAAGCUGCAGACCAUGUCAGAUAGGACAGGAGGCGUCCUCAGA